AACCCUCACCCAAAAUACUCACAACCCCGCUCUUAUCUUUUUCCCGCCUCUCUCUUCUCCCUUAAAUUCCCUCUUUCCCCCAUUCCCAAUUCCUCACUCUCUCUCUCUCUCUCUCUCUCUCUCUCUCUCUCUCUCUCUCUCAAACCUCUAUCUCCCUCAAUUCUCUCUCUCAUCGCCAUGAAGCACAGAACAAGACCUACCUUACCUAACAACUUCCACAAAUUCCUUAAACCCGGCGCACUCGCACGGAUCCGCGACUCAAAAAUAACCGCCAGAUCUCACCGUCUCAAUUCCCUCUCUCAGAUCUCAAACUACCGUUUACAAUCCACACCGCCGCCGUCAUCUUCAACCGAUCAGACUCAAACCACCGCAUCCGACGGUUUUCCUUUCUUCGUCUCCGGGAUCUACGGUCCUCGUUGUCCACAGAGAAAGAAACUCGUCGCUGCUAAGUCAGUUUUCUUUGUUCCUGGUAGUCCUGCCGCUGAUUCCGCCGAUCUUGUUGUGGACUCUUUCGGCGGCGGAGGCGAUAUUAUCGCUGCUAAUUAAUUCUUGUUUGUUUAAAUAUGGAUAUUAUAGAUUAUAGAUGUUGUUAGAUUUGUAGAUUUAGCGUGAUUUUUGUUUUUCUUGCUUCAAUUAUGUGAAGAAAUUUCUCUCAUAGAACAUGGAAUAAUAAAGUGCAUUCAAUUUCAUUA